AUGUCGAUAUCGACCACAUUUGUUGCCGACACUAGUCCAAACUUUGUUUUUCCAAGCUACAUUGCUGUGUCACAACUAAGACUUGACAUAGUAAUCUUUUCAAAUAAGCUUAAACGACUUGUAAUUAUCGAACUCACUUGCCCUUGCGAAGAAAAUACAAACUAUUGGCACUCCACCAAAGUCGCUAAAUAUUCUUGCUUGGUUAACGUAAUUCUAUCCAGUGGUUGGCAAGUUGAUUUCUUUGCUGUAGAAGUAGGGGCAAGAGGCUAUUGCGCGAGAACAACCAUGUCGUGUCUGAAAAGGCUGGGUUUUUCCAACAAAAUGGCAUAUUCCACCUCAAAAAACCUUAGUAAAAUCAGUAUGACAACUUUCUCUGUAUGGAUUGCUCGGGAGUCAAGAGACUCGUCUCAAGACUCCUUAAUUAAGGCACCCGGAACGAGGAAGACUUUUCCAAGUAAUCCAGCUCCAGUAAAAGAAAUGCCCAAGGGUUGCUUUGCAGGUCCACGAACUGCGGCCUCUAAAAAUCAACCGUAA